AUUUUUUUACGAAGUAUGUUAUACAAAUGAAGUCGAAGAUUGUGUGUACAAUUUUUUUGGUAUGAGUCGAUCUAUGUACAAAGUGCAGCGGGGCUUCUCUUUUGUCAGUACACCUUCAGCAUGUCACAAUGGUAGGCUACAUAUUUUUUCCCUCUACUUGCCUAUUUCUGCACAACAUAGGCAAGCAUGCGUGAAAAGUAUCAUUGGCUUUGUAAAUGCAAUCGCGUUGUCAGAUCAGGUUUGAUUUAUAUAGUUUGGAUGGUAUGAAUUUAGACGCCAUCUUUAUUUGCACAAAUCACCAGAACAUUGUCGAAUAGUUCUUAUUCAGGUGAAGUUUAAACAUCAAAGGACAGCCAAUCGAGGAGGUGAACUUUCUUUCGGACUUCAAAAUACGAAGGUCAAUAUUCUGAUCAGUAUGGCGGCUAAUUUCAGAUCUGCAGAAGACAUCUGUGAAGGAGAUAACUGUCAGUCAAUCACAGAUGUGACGUACUACGUGAAGGAGAAGAAGAAGCUCUGCGAGGACUGCGCCUCCACAGGGGGAUGCAUCGGAAAAGCAAGAAAGGGUGGGCCCAAUUUAUAUUGUGCGAAGCAUGAUAAAGAUAUUGAUUUGUAUUGUAAAACACAUAAUGAAGCACUGUGUUAUUCGUGCGCAAUUAUAGAUCAUCAGCAGCCUUGCGUGCAACAGGAUAUAGAACACGCGGUCAUUGAAAAUAGAGCAAAACUAAGCAUUCUGAAAGAAAAGGCAACGGACCAACUAAAGGUUUGUCGAGUUUAUGGAGAUCAGAUUCGCCAGUGUAGGAAAGACACCGACACCCAUCUACAAGCUUUGAAGGAUUACGUUGAUUCGGUAAUCAAUGAGGCUUUUAAAAAAGAGGAAGACGGGAAAAAGAGGGAUGCUGCAAAAAUCAACCAGGAGUUUGACGAAAAGAAUAACAAACUUCAAGAGGAGAUUCAAAAGAUCAAUGAGGAGAUUCGAAAGAACGAUGAGGAGAGAGAAAAACUACUUGAACUAAACUGUACAAAUGCAGAGAAAAGACGAGAACCCAUCGACAACAAACAGCAUGGUCUUCAAACAGACCUUCAAAACAUCGCUGAAGAGAAAGAGAAAAAGAUUGGUGAGUUGGAGAAAUCAUGGCAAAAUGACACGAACAUCAGGGAGACUAUAAUACAGAAAAUUGACACAGUAAUCGAAGAUGAUAAAAAUGUCGUCAAAGAUGGACAUCGUGUGAAGACAACAGUGAGUGAUGAACUAAAGAAGCCACUGUCACUGAAUGGGGGUGAGGUAAAACAAAUCACUUGUACAUUAUCGGGUGUUAAGUUUUCGAAGGGUGCUGGUGCUGGGAGAGAGAAGUAUGAUGGGAGGAUUGAUGGGUAUGAUGGAGAGUGGAAGCUCAUUGAUAUAAUCAAUGUCAACGAUGGAAUCACAUUCCCAACCAUUGUAGGAUACAUGGAUGAAUGCAAUGUGAUCAUCACAGAUGGACUGGGAGGCCUACAUACAUACGUGUUAGAUAUGAACACUAAACACACUCAGAGAGUAAUAACCAGUAGUGAUACAUCAAGUGUUGUCGCCUGUGCAUUGCUGAAUGAUGACAAGGUAGUAUGCGGUAAAUACAGUAAAGUGUUUACACGGGACAGUUUCACUGGAUACAUCAGUGUGUAUGACAGACAAUGGAAGCACAUCAAUAACGUUACAAUACCACGAAACACAACGUAUGUUGAAACAGGGGUAGAUGUAGCUGUUGACCAGGAUGGGAUGAUCAUAGCUGCUGAGGGGCUUCAGUCUAAUAUAUACGUCAUCAACCCAGCUGAUGGUAAAAUCAUGAAUACCAUCACAUGUAAACAGAAGAUAAGGAUGAAUGGUGUGCUAUCAUCAGGUCACAUCAUCGCUCGACCCUCACCAGCAGAUCAACGAGUGUUCAUCAUCGACAGGCAGGGUGGUCAAAGGGAAAUCCCCCACAGUGAUGUAAUCCUGAAUGCCUGCGUCGAUCCUAUGACAGACGACCUCUACGUCGUGACAUCAGAUGAUGAGGAGAUGACUUGUGUGAUUGAUCAGGUGAUGAGUGGGGGUGAAAUGAAGAAGAGAAGAGUAGCAUCAUUCCCUCUACCAACUAUAACGUUGGACCCUUUAUCAUCCCGCGUGAUGAUGACGUCAUCAGGGAAACUGAUUGCUAACGAUGGAGACAAUAUUCUCGUAUUCAAAAAGCUAUUGUGCCUAUAAAGGCCGGCCCGUUCACAAUUGGCUCGGUGAACCGGUUUGUAUUUGAUUUAUUCGUUUU